GGCACAGGCCAGGGCAGCUGCCGCGCCUGCCGCCAUGAGUCACAGGAAGUUUGAGCACCCCCGUCAUGGGUCCUUGGGGUUCCUGCCCAAGAAGAGGGCCAGAAGAAUCAGGGGGAAGGUGAAGUCCUGGGCUAAGGAUGACCCCAGCAAGGCCCCGCAGCUCCAGGCCUUCCUGGGCUACAAGGCUGGCAUGACGCACAUCAUGCGUGACGUGGACAAGCCGGGCUCAAAGCUUCACAAGAAGGAGACCUGCGAGGCGGUGACCAUUGUGGAGACUCCUCCCAUGGUCAUUGUCGGUGUCGUGGGCUACAUCAAGACUCCUCGUGGCCUGCGCAGCCUGGCCACCGUGUGGGCGCAGCACCUGGACGAGAGCGUCAAGAGGCGCUUCUACAAGAGGUUCGGCCAGUCCAAGAAGAAGGCUUUCACCAAGUAUGCCAAGAGCAAGUACGGCGAGGGGGAGGGCAAGAAGGGAGUUGACUCUGACCUGGAGAGGAUCAAGAAGUACUGCUCCGUCGUGCGUGUCCUGGCUCACACCCAGGUAAAGCUCAUCAAGGGGAUUGGGCAGAAGAAGGCGCACUUGAUGGAGGUCCAGAUCAACGGUGGCAGCGUGGCUGACAAGGUCGACUUCGCGGUCAAGUACUUUGAGAAGAAGGUCGGGGUUGACGCUGUGUUCAGCAAGGACGAGCAGAUUGACAUCAUCGGCGUGACCAGGGGGCACGGGUACGAGGGUGUUGUGCACAGGUGGGGUGUGACGCGGCUGCCUCGCAAGACCCAUCGUGGUCUGCGGAAGGUUGCUUGCAUCGGCGCCUGGCAUCCUGCCCGUGUGGCCUUCUCAGUGGCGCGUGCUGGGCAGAACGGGUAUCAUCACAGGACAGAGGUCAACAAGAAGAUCUACAGGAUUGGCAAGAAGGGUGAGGAGACCCACCUGGCCAUGACCGACUUCGACCGGACCGAGAAGGACAUCACCCCCAUGGGCGGCUUUGCGCACUACGGGUCAGUCAACGAGGACUACCUGCUCCUCAAGGGCUGCGUGAUGGGGCCCAAGAAGCGGGUCAUCACUCUCCGCAAGUCGCUGCUCCGACAGGAGUCCCGGCGUGCUCUGGAGGAGAUCAAGCUCAAGUUCAUCGACACAUCGUCCAAGUUCGGGCACGGCCGCUUCCAGACCAGCGCCGAGAAGGCCAAGACCUUCGGCCGGGUCAAGUCGUCUUAGACGUUUGGGCACGGUUUGGGCGGAAGGCAGGCACGUUCCAGGGUCUGUGGUUGGCAAGGCUAGAGGGUCAGGCAGGAGAGGAGCAGGGACUGUCAGGGCAAGCAAAGCCAGCCACAGGGCCUCAGCUGGCUUGGGCCGCUGCGAGGCGAAGCUGCUUCGGCACUUCCUUUGCAUGCCCUCUGCUGCUCUGCAGACAAUUCAUGAUGGGGGGCCGUACUUUUAUGAAUGGGGGUUGUCUUCUGGUGCGCGAUGUCGGGCA